AGAGCCCCUCACUAUCUGAUGUGGAGGCUGAGGCUACUUCUGAGCCACUCCCUUAAUUUCCCCACAGUCAACAGGAAGACUGGAGGCCAAAGAGAGCAGCCACACGCUGCAGGAAAGGGAGGACGUAGAGGUCCAGCUGCGGCAGUCGGAACAAAGGGAAAGGCGAAGGAAUGAGCAUGAAUCAGAACGAAGUGAAAAAAGUACAGUCAGUGUAUCUGCAGAACUUGGAAAAGCUUAACAAAGGGACAAAGCAAGAGAAAAAGAGCUGGAAACCAAAAGAAGGACAAUUUGCUGUGCAGAUAGCAAUGGAAAAGCUGCGGCAGCCUCCCACAGCGGCACAAGUUGCCAAAAGCUCAGCCAACAGAAUCAGCAGAGACCUGACCUGCUCCAUCUGUCUGGAUCUCUUCAAGCAGCCCGUGUCUUUGCCCUGCGAUCACACGUUCUGCCACGGCUGCAUCGAGGGUUACUGGGCAGGGCCCCGUGGCUCCGUGCAGGGGGGCACCGGCUCCUGCCCCCAGUGCAGGAAGGUGUACCCCGGACAGAGCUACAGACCCAACCGGAUUGUGGCCAACAUAGUGGAGAGCUACUGCCACGGCCUGGAGGAGAGCGGGAGCGGGGCCUGCCUGGCGGACGUGGGGCUGGCGGAGCGGGCCCCGGCGCCGGUGCCCCGCUGCAGCAGGCACAGGGAAGAGCUGAAGCUGUACUGUGAGGAGGACCAGGAGCUGGUGUGUUUGGUGUGUGGCGUGUCCCAAGAGCACAGGAAUCAUUCCUUGGUGUGUGUCCAGGAGGCUGAGCAGAAGUACAGGGCUUCUCUGAACAGCUCAAUGGAUUCCCUAAAAGCCGAGCUCAACACCGCUCUGCAGUGUGACAGGGAGGCUGAGGAUGAGGUUAAAAAGCUCAAGGAUCACACAGCUGACCUGAAGCUGCGCAUCGAGGCCCAGUUCAGCGACCUGCACCAGUUCCUGUACCAGGAGGAGAAGCUGCUGCAGGUGAAGCUGAAGACGGAGGAGCGCCGGGAGCUGAUCCGCCUGGACGAGCACAAGGCCCUGCUGUGCGUGGAGAUCUCCCGUCUGCAGAGGGCCGUCCACGAGAUAGAAGACAAACUGAGAGAGCAAGAUCCCUUCACUCUCCUCCGGAGCAUCAAAGUCCUGCUCCAGAGGCCUUCGCUGAAGUUCGAGAAACCUGUGUUCACACCACAUAGUCUGUGUGAGGGUCGCUUUGCAGGGCCUCUCCAGUACAGAGUGUGGAAAUCCAUGAAGGGAAGCAUUUAUCCAGUUCCAGCUGCCAUCACAUUUAACUCCAGCACAGCCAACCCUUGGCUCAGCCUGACCUCUUCCCUUACCUGUGUCCGCUACCAGACCUUUAACCACACUGUGCAGGACAACCCCAACAGGUUCAACGCUGCCCUAUCCUUACUUGGAAGUCAAGGCUUCACCCACGGCCGCCACUACUGGGAGAUUGAAGUCUACAGCAGCACGGUCUGGACGGUGGGGGUGGCACGGGAAUCGGUGCCCAGGAAGGGAGUCAUCAAAGCUCUCCCAGCGAACGGCUUCUGGACCCUCUCCCUCUCGUACGGGAUACAGUAUAUGGCGGGCACAUCCCCUCCAACCGUUCUGUCUCUGGAGGAGCCGCUGGCCAGGAUUGGCGUGUACCUAGACUACAAGAGGGGUCUGGUGUCCUUUUACAACGCGGAGAGCAUGACGCACCUUUACACGUUCAGGGAGGCCUUCACAGAGACUUUGUACCCAUACUUCAACUUGGGCUUCCUGGAUAAAGUGCAUGAAAAUGAACCUCUCAAAGUUUUCCUACCAAAGAUUUAAAGACCCCCAAGGGGAAACUGAAAUUCAAAACAAAUAAACUUGGAAUACUAAAAAAAGAAACAAAAAAUAUUCACAUGUAUAAACACACAAUUUGUAUAUAUCUAAAGCACAAUGACUGUUUCAUAUAUGUAUACGAUAUAUCAUCAUCCCAUGGACUAUGACUGUGUACUGCCUCUGCUGCAUUUGCUUCAGUGAAGAAUGGUGGUCAGACCAAAUCGACAAUAUUUACAGGUUCAUAAUCAAUGUUUGUUGGUAAAAAUCGCAGAAUGUGACAAAGACCUCUGUAUUUUUUAGAGGCAUGCCAACCUGUCCAUGAAGCACUUAUCAUGUAAAAGUGUUGUGUGCUGAUGCAGAAGCAAAUGAAGGGAAGUCUGGACCCUAAACAAGUCAUCUCAGAUGGGAGCUUGAUUUGACAUGGACAAUAUGUUUGGUUUUUUGUUUAGUGGAUUUUUUCAUUAUCUGAUGAUGUUGUCCUUCCAAGCACCAUGGAAAGCGUAUAUUUUCCAUUCAUUUUUUUCUAAGUCUAAGAGUAACUUUUUUGGUCAUUUUUUAAACACAAAUCAGACUUUUCAAAGUCUUUGUUUCUUCUAAUGAUGGAUGAAUGUAUAAAUAUGUUAAUUCAAGUUCGAAACCUUGAACUUGAAUUCAAUACUAGACAAAUUUACAACGUAGAAAAACAUGUUUUUCCACAUUUUCCAUUGUUUGCAACGUAAAUGUAUAAAGAUAUCUUCAACAAUAACAU